AUGUUCGCGGAUGAUCCUAAUAUGCCUGAAACCCCUGUAGAGGAGGAAGAGUUGUAUUCAGCAUGGGCUCUUACAAUCCUAUGCAUACUCCUCAUUCUCUCGUUAUGGACAUCAUACUAUGUUCAAAUCAAACGUAUCAAGACUGUUCACGAAACCGUUUUGUCCAUAUUUGCUGGGAUGGUGGUCGGCUUGAUCAUCCGACUCUCACCAGGUCAUCUCAUUCGCGAAAUGCUGACGUUUAAGCAUACACUAUUCUUUAACUUACUACUCCCUCCGAUUAUCUUGAACUCUGGAUACGAGCUCAAGCAGGACAACUUUUUUCGCAAUUUCGGGACUAUAUUAACUUUCGCAUUCGUUGGGACCUUUAUAUCUGCUGUUGGACUCGGAGUAUUGGUCUACAUCUACUCUUUCCUAGGACUUGAGGGUCUUCAGCUUAGUUUACUCGAAUGCCUGAUAUUUGGCUCAACACUAUCAGCCACAGAUCCUGUCACGAUUUUGGCUAUUUUUAACCAGCACAAGGUCGACCCAAAGCUGUACACGGUCAUUUUCGGAGAGAGCAUCCUCAACGAUGCAGUCAGUAUCGUUAUGUACGAGACGUUAUCCCAAUUCCAUGGCACUGAUAUAUACAUGUCUUCAUUCUUCCGGGGUGUAGGCAUAUUUUUGCUCUCUUUCUCAGUUAGUAUGGCACUGGGUGUAGUAUUUGGCCUGGGAUGCUCAUUGAUGCUCAAACACUCAUCUCUGACCCUGUAUCCUGGAAUCGAAAGUUGUCUUGUUGCUCUGAUAGCUUAUACGAGCUAUUUCUUUUCAAACGGGCUGCAUAUGAGUGGUAUCGUGUCCCUAUUAUUUUGCGGGAUUACCCUCAAGCACUAUGCGUACCAUACCAUGUCUCGCCGAACUCAACGAACAACCAAGUACAUGUUCUCAGUUUUGGCCCAGCUUUCAGAGAACUUUAUAUUCAUCUAUCUCGGGCUGAAUUUGUUUACACAAGACGUACAAGUGUUCAAGCCUAUCUUUAUUCUGAUCUCGGUCAUUUCAACUCGAUAUGCGGCCGUGUUUCCGUUGUCCGAGUUGAUUAACCUUGUACAUCGCGCACGGGGCCAACGACAGGACGAGCUGCCGCAUUCAUACCAAAUGAUGCUAUUCUGGGCCGGCUUGCGCGGGGCCGUAGGUGUGGCGCUCGCUGCUGGGUUCAAAGGAGAAAAUGCGAAUGCACUGAGGACAUCAGUAUUGGUGGUUGUCGUGCUGACUGUCAUUCUGUUCGGAGGCACUACGGCACGUAUGCUCGAGGUACUAGGCAUCCGUACCGGAGUGGAAGAUGAUGAUGCAGACAGCGACGACGAGCCACUGAACGAUUACGAUAUCGGCUGGGGACAACCCUAUAAAGGCAGAUGGAAACGACGCGGGCCGAGAGGAGAAGAGUAUUCCGACCUCUGGAACUCGGGUCCCGAUGUUCAACUUGGACGGUACAACCAAUCCCAAGGGCCGGCCCAAGCAUCCAGUUCCAUCCCACCAGCCGCGGGCCCAUCGACGCGUUCAUCCGAAUCGUCCGAUACAGAAGAAUUUGGCGCGUUUAGGCCGGCUUCAGCACCGCCCACCGGAGCGGGAUCGUUUAGCCUGACUGGGGGUGUGCCCGUACAAGUCCCGACAUUUGAAUCGCUUGACCAACGAUACCUGCUUCCACUCUUUUCCAACCCCGUCGCGAGCCGGAACUUCCAUGCGCGUAAAGCGGCCUAUCGGCGUAGUAUGCUCAAUCUUUCGAGCACGGCGGGUGGUGAGCGUGAUAUUGGGGAUGGGGACGAGGACGAAGGGACUGGUGGUCGGGGUACACCCGAACCUGUUAGAGAUUUGCGCGGAGCGGGAGGAGCGGGAAGAUUGAGUGUUCCGAGCACACCUGGAGCGAAUAGUCCCCGGUUCGGGGCAACACGCCAGUUGGGGGGAUCUUCUUCUCCCGGAAUGGGAGAGGCGAGCGAGGAUGCCCGACGGCGACGUGACUCGAGCAUGUAA